UCGUAUGACAUCGAGUAAAAUUAUUUGGGACCAUAUACGUAGAUUUAAACAUGCAAAACUGAAUACCGUUUCUUCAUCUUCAAAUUUUUUUCAAAAUCCUGAUAAUGUGACAUUGUUUUUAGACAGAAUUGUUUCCGAAAAUAAUCAAGUAUCAAAUAGUGACCUUAAUGAUUACUUUGAAAAUCGUGGCUGCCCGGAGGCUCAAUGGAUGGUCAACCCAUUUUCUAUUAGUGAAUUUUUAGCCGCAUUAGAAAAUAAAAAAGAAACUUCACCUGGUCCUGACUUAAUUUCUUACAAAGUAAUUAAAAACUUACCUCUUCAUGCCAAGACAAUACUCUGUAAAAUAUUUAAUGAUUUGUGGCAAAGUAAUUGUAUUCCCCCAACGUGGAAAAUGCAACAUGUCGUCCCGAUACUAAAACCUUAUAAGGAUUCUAAUUGUGUUGAGUCAUAUAGGCCAAUUUCCUUAACGUCUUGCUUUGCGAAAGUUUUUGAAACCAUUUUAAAAAAUAGACUUGAGUGGUUUACAGAAAAUAGCAAAGUCAUUCCAAGUACUCAAUAUGGUUUUCGGAAAGGUAAAAGCACGAUAGAUAACUUAAGUUGUUUAAUUGGGGAUAUUAAGAACAAUUUUCUUUCUAAUCAAUAUACUUUGGCGGUUUUUUUAGACAUCAAAGGGGCGUUUGAUAACAUAGAUCACGCAUACCUUAUUAAAAGUUUAUCUUUAUUAGGGUUUCCUGGUCAUAUUUUACGCUGGUUAUUCAAUUUUCUAAACAAUCGAUCUGUAACUCUAAAAGUUAAUAAAUCUACAUUAAUAGGUUCUAAAGUUUCUACAAAGGGUACUCCUCAAGGUUCUGUAUUAUCUCCUCUUAUAUUCAUUCUAAGUUUGUUUCAUGAAACAAAUUCCGUCUUCUGUUAAGCACUUAUUUUACGCUGAUGAUUUGGUUUUAUAUGUAAAUUGUAAUGACAUAAAAAAUGGUGAAUCUAUUACGAACAGUUGUCUGCGUAAUAUUCAUUGCAUAUUAACAAAUUCGCUAAAACUGGAGGUUAAUGUUUCCAAAAGUUCUGUAAUUCUCUUUUCUCAAAAUGGAUUACAUUAUCCUCAAGUUUUAUACAAUUCUAACGUUAUUCCUGCUCAGUCUUUUGUCAAAUACGUUGGCCUAUUUCUUGAUUAUGAUCUUUCUUGGAAAACUCAUAUUGAUUCAAUUUCUAAAAGAGCUGAACUGGGUGUAAACAUAUUGAAGUCGUUAACUGGAGUAAAAUGGGGUGCAGACCCUAAGGUCCUUAAAACAAUAUAUAUCGCGACAAUUAGAAGUCAUUUUGACUAUGGUUGUAUGUUUUUUGCUGAUGCGAAUACCCAUCUUUUAAGGAAACUAGAUAUUAUCCAAAAUAGGGCCCUACGAAUUAUUACGGGGGCUAUGACGUCAUCUCCAAUUAAUUCUCUGGAAAUAGAGGCUGGCAUUGUUCCUUUAUUUGUACGCAGAUGUUACAUCACUGACAAGUAUGUUCUUAAAUUAGUUAGUCGUGGUAACGAAUUAAUUUAUAGAUACUUAAAUAAUAUCAAUAUUCCAAAUUAUAAUUUAAUACCGUUUCCUAAUUCUUCUUCCAUAAGUGAUGUUAUAACUUACUUAAACUUUGAAUUUCAAGAUAUAGUGUAUUGGUCUAAUUUGCUUCCCUGUUUUGAACAUGAUUACAAUGAUAUUAUGCGAGACGUGGUUGUUGAACUGGUCAAAUUUGAAUCGAAAUAUGACUUUUUGGAGUUUCUUGAUGAUAAGACUGAUUUUGUUAAGUUAUAUACUGACGGCUCUAAAACUAAAGAUAGGACCAGUUUUGCAUUUUUUGACUCUUUUUUGAACAUAGGAAAAGUUUUUGAAUGUAGUAGUUAUUUUUCAGUAUUUUCGGCUGAAGUAUUAGGCAUAAUUUAUGCUUUAGAACAUAUUCGUAAUUAUUAUAUAACUAAAAAUAAGUUUUUGAUUCUAUCUGAUUCGAUGAGCGCUUUACAAGCGCUUAAAAGUAAAUGUGUAAGUGCAUCUGUAAAUUAUUUAAUUUAUAAGUUGAGAAGUUGUUUAAGUUCUUUGUUGAAUAGAAAUAUUACUGUUGAAUUUUGCUGGGUUCCGGGACAUUCAGGAAUUUUUGGCAACGAACUAGUAGACAAGCUUGCCAAAUCUACAGAAGAUAUACAAGUUUGUGAUUUAAAAGUACCUCAAUCCGAUUUAGUACCUUUUGUUAAAGAAAUUAUGAUUAGACGUUGGAAUAACUCAUGGUCUAAAUCCAAAGAAGUCAAAGGGAAAUGGCUUGCAGAAAUAGUCCCGGCACCCAGCUCCAAGUCGUGGUUUGAAUACCAAAGAAAAUAUGUAGAAAGGGCAUUUAUUACAACUAUAUGUAGAUUGCGCAUUGGUCAUGCUCGUUUUCCCGCACAUCUUUUUAGAUUAGAGCUAAGUGAUUCUGCUGUUUGUGCACAUUGUAAUUUUGAUGUAUGUGAUCUUGAACAUAUUUUUUUCCAUUGUCCUUCAUUUAAUUUACAAAGGUUAUCGUUUGUUGCUAUGUGUAUGGAUACUGGUUUGCAAGUUCUGCCAAAUUCAGUACAGGGCCUUAUGAAAUAUCCACAAUUAUAUCCUGUAAUCUAUCAAUUUGUUACUCAUACUAUAGGUAGUUUGUAA